GUCUUCUUCUCUCUCUCUCUCUCUCCAGCCUGCCUGCCUGCCUUCUUUCUUCUCAGUCUUUGUGCCUCUUCUUAACACAGAACCGAUUCUUCAAUCCAAAUUUGUGAUCUGCUUCAAUCCCAGUCCCUCGUUUCACUGCCAAAAUGAACACUUGACCUUUCCCCCUACGUCUGUCUCUGUCUCUCUCUCUCUCUCUCCCUCUCUGCGUUGUCCUUUUUCACAAACUCACAGUUUCCCCUUUUAUCACCAGCAAAACCCCCCCUCUCUUUCACUCGUCUGAGCUCCAUUUCCUCCCUCAACUUGCUUUCUUUGACUUCCCUUUUGCCACUCUCGAGCUGGACAAGCAUAUCAAAGUUCAUGUAGUUCUUUCCUCCAGAAAUGAGCUCACAAUUGAUUCACAGUGCAAAAAUCUCAAGUGGGUGUUUCAAUCUUGAGCUCAGCCUCAGCUUGGAGCUCUAUUGGAGCUUCAAAGGCUGAAUCUUUAGCCUGAUUAUCAUUGCUUGUGGGCUUGAGGGUGUCUCUGAUGCAUUAGUUAGAGUCUUGAUUGGAAGAGUGUCUCUUGCUUCAAUGGAAUCUUGGGCCAGCUAUGCUCUGCCUUCUGAUUCGUUUACCAGAAGCAGUAAGAACCCUUUCAUGAAUUGGGAGUCAAGGGGUCCUCCCUCCUUUGUUACUAGCAAUAGCAUUUUCACCUCUAGUCAACAAGUCAACCCUGGUCAAGCUCUCGGUGGUUCCGGGUUCGUGGAUGCGCCGAGGAAGCAAAUCCUCGGGGAUUCGAUCCCGGAUGCCUUGCACGGUAGGAUGGAUGGAGGAAGGGAUGCAAAUGGGAGUGUUGGACCGAGUGUGGCUACUGCAGAUGGUUUUCUCUUCGGGGAAGAGGAGUCGUCCUCGAAGCUCUCAGGCUGUGUGGUGGAUCAGAGCCCGCUGAUCGAUCUGAAACUCGGGAGACUAGCGGAUCAGAGAGAUAGCUACGGUUCCGGGCUUUCCCGCGGUGCCCCGAUGUUGUCUUCAUCAGAGUCGUCUACUCCUUCGAAGAGAUGUCGGGCCGCUGGGGUUAGUAAUCAGGCUGCUUACUGCCAAGUUUAUGGGUGUAAUAAGGAUCUUAGCUCCUCGAAGGAUUAUCACAAGAGGCAUAAAGUUUGCGAGGUCCAUUCAAAGACACCUAAAGUUAUUGUCAGCGGCAUCGAACAGAGGUUCUGCCAACAAUGCAGUAGGUUUCAUUUGCUCUGUGAAUUUGAUGAUGGUAAGAGGAGCUGCCGUAAACGUCUUGCAGGGCAUAACGAGCGUCGCAGGAAGCCUCAGGUCGGGUUUCAUUCUUCUGGGAGGGCUGGAAGGUUCUUGCUCCCAUACGACGUUGGCAAGUUCCAUGGGAUGAAUGAUUGCUUCGGCCAUAUCAAACUGGAAGGUAGGACUAACUACAGUCCUAUCCCAUUAAGUUCCUUCCAAUACCAAGAUCUUCACCAGAGACUGCCCUUCUCUUCUCCCAGCUUUGAGAAGGGGUUGUCUCCUUUCCAAGAGAGCGACAGAGACAGUUUGACAGCAGUCAACAUGUUCGGCAAUAUCACUCGGUGUUCUGGUCCGAGACCAUUCUUAAAUGAAGACCCGUCUAUUGGAAGUGAAGAAUUUGGCAGUAUCUUCAAUACAGAACCUCCUAUUCAGGGAUUGUCGGGAAUUUCAGAACCGGGUUGUGCUCUCUCUCUUCUGUCAUCUCAGUCUCAGAAUUCUUCUAGCCAUACUUCUGGAAUUCCCAUGGAUCAAUCCCUAUCUCAAUACAGCAUUAUUCAAGUCUCAGACAACCUUGCAGUAAAUGGAGGGUCGAGUAAGUUGCCUGGUUCUGUGAGGGAGCCUCAGGCAGGUCCCGGUGCAGUUUCCGACGGUGAUUCAGCCGGUUUUGAGAUGUCUGAUGAGAUUCUAAAUGGAUCAGGAUUCUCUAAGGCAAAGGAUCAUUUCUUGGGUGAAGAGGCGCCCACAAUCGACUUGCUUCAGCUGUCAUCGCAGCUCCAGCGAGUGGAGCACGAGAGGCAGUACAUGAAGUUGGAAAGUGAUCCUUUGGUGUGCCUCAGGACUGCUUAAUAAGCUACACUGUCAUAUCCGGAUUGUAGUCUGCAAUUAUUGUGAAAAGGAAACCGAAUACAAAACAUGUAUGCAUGCAAGAAAAAUGCUCUAUUAAUUGCUUUCUGGCAUUGUGAUAUCAAUAUUUAUAGAAGCUGGCUCCCUUAACUUUGCAGGACUGGUAUCUCCAUGAUCUUCAGGUGGGACAGGGAAACUUUUGCACUCGGAACAUCAGAGGCAUAUCACAAGAAGUGACUUUUGGGCAUAAGCAAGGAGAAGAAGCAUCUGGUCAUCUUUUAGUUUCAGUUAGGUUCUACUAUGCUUAUCUUUGGCAUUAGGGAAGAAGGCCCAAUUUUAUGAAGCUCGUGGCAGUUUAGUUACACAUGCGGCUCUUCUUCCCGGUUAUGAUCAGAGGGCUUUUGUUAACGAUACCGCAGCUAUAACUCCUACUGUAGACUCUGUUGCUUUUGUGCUAUUGAAAGAAAACAAAUCUUCUGUCUU